AUGCAUGCAGUAGAGGCGUUGAGGUUGCAGUACUUGAUGUCGUUCAGCAGCGGCUGCGGCGACGACGACAGCGGCUGCUGUAGUGACGACGACGACGACGAGGGCGGUGACUGUGGCAACGACGAUUGCGCCAACAGUGGCGACGGUGACGACUAUCCCGACGGCGAUGACUACGCCAACAGUGGUGACGGUGACGACUACCGCGACGGUGACGACUGCGGCAACAGUGGCGACGGUGAUGGCCGGGAGCAACUAGCGACGGUCGACGGCACCUACAGCGUCGGCAGCGACGACCGUGACGACGGUAGUGACGACGAUGAGGAUUCGUACCAGAUAUGA